AUGAUGCAGGCUUCCACCGUUGCCCGCGCACGCGCGGCACUUGCCCUGCGCCGCGCCUUCUCGUCCGCCAGCGGCUACGUGCAGGACACCAUCAUCCCCACCUACCACUUCCAGAAGAGCCUGACGCGCCUGCCGAUCCCCAAGCUCGAGGACUCGCUGGCGCGCUACCUGGCCGCCGUGGAGCCCGUGGUGACGGCGCAGCAGCUCGCGGACACGCAGCGUGCCGUUAGGGACUUCCAGAACGGCGUGGGACCCGAGCUGCACCGGGCGCUGGUGGCGCGCGACGCCGAGAACAAGCACACGUCGUACAUCAACCAGUGGUGGCUCGAGAUGUACCUGAACGACCGGCAGCCGCUGCCCGUCAACUACAACCCGCAGAUCAAGCUCAAGAUGGACCCCGUGCCCGCCAAGAACUCGCAGAGCCAGCGCGCGGCCUCGCUCAUCGCCUCCACCGUGCGCGUGCACCGCACGCUGCGCGACAAGAAGCUGGAGCCGGACAUCUUCCACACCAAGCCGGAUACCAGCAAGACCACGGCCUUCCAGUACUUCUGUAAGUUCCUGCCCGAGAGUGUGAGCUUCUACGGAGCCGCGGCGCUCGGCGCGUACCCGCUGGACAUGUCCCAGUACAAGAACCUGUUCUCCAGCACGAGGCUGCCCAAGAUCGGACAAGAUGAGCUCAAGGUGUCGCCGGGAUCGAAGCACGUUGUGGUUCAGAGAGGAACCAAGUUCUAUACCUUUGACGUGCUCACGGCGGAUGGAGGAGCUGUCCCGGACGAGCAGAUCCUGGCCAAUAUUGAAGCGAUCUUGGCUGAGCCACUGGCGAAGAGCACGCCGGAUGCACCUGGAAUGGGGCUCAUGACGACCAUGAACCGUGACGCGUGGGCUAACGCUCGCCAGAAGCUGGAGGCCAGUGGAGGCGUCAACAAGGCGUCGCUGGAGCAGAUUGACAGCGCGCUGUUCGUGGUGAGCCUGGAGCAUGAGUCCCCUGCGACGCCUGAAGAGGUCAGCCGCACGUUCUUGGUGGGCGACGGCACUAACCACUGGUUCGAUAAGAGCUUUCAGCUAAUAGUAGCCGCGAACGGUACGGCCUCGGUGAACUUUGAGCACGCCUGGGGAGACGGUGUGGCUGUGCUGCGCUACCUCCACGAGUUGUAUGGCGACAGCGUCAAGUACCCGGUGUUGAAGGCAAGCAGCCAAGCUAAGCCCAAGGAGCUGACGUGGGACGUCAACGGUGAGACGAAGCAGUUGCUGAACGAGGCGAAGAAGACGUACGACAAGUGGACUUCCAGCUUGUUGGUCGCGUGUGCGGAGAGUCCCGUGACUCGUGCUGUUGGCAAGAAGUACAACAUUGGCACGGACGGGCUCAUGCAGAUGACGAUCCAACUGGCGCACUUCAAACUGCACCAGAAGUUUGUGGCCACCUACGAGAGCGCCAGCACUGCCGCAUUCAAGCACGGACGUACCGAAACCGUGCGUAGCUGCACGAACGAAGCUGUGGCUUUCGUGCGCACCAUGACCGAUGCCUCUGCGUCAGACUCGGACAAGGCCAAUGCCCUGCGUGCGGCUGUGACGAAGCACAGCGAGCUGACCAAGAACGGUGUGAUGGGCCAGGGCUUUGACCGUCACCUCUUUGCGUUGCGAGCCAUGGCUGAACUGCAGGGAAUCGACACGCCGGAGUUCUACACGCUGCCGGCCCACCAAAUUAUGAGCAAGAUUAUCCUGUCAACCAGCACGCUGUCUAGCCCAGCGCUUGAGGGCGGUAGCUUUGGACCUGUGAACGAGGACUGCUACGGCAUCGGAUACGGAAUCGAGCAAGAAGGUUCUGCUUUCCAGCUCUCCAGCUACCGCAAGGACCUUCCUCAACUCAAGGAACUGCUGGUGGAAAGCAUUGUCGAGCUCGAGCGCCUGCUGGCCGACACCACCCCCAAGAAGUAAGGGAGAAGCGAAGGACGAAGAACUUCUACCAGUGCUGUAAACGAAAUGCCUAACACAGACACUUGAUGUUGGUGGUU